GGUUUUUCUCUAUGAGUUUGACCAUCAUGGAUCCAAAAAGAACUUCUCAAGAUUACACAGUUGACGAAACUAAGAGUGUCAUCAACCGGGUAGAAGAUCUGGAGGAGAAAACAAAAACCGAAAUCGAGAGCGAUGCGGCAUUGGGUUCCCAACAAGAGAAGGACAUGCCCCUAGGACAGGCCUUCUCUUACUAUCGAAAGGCUGCAAUGUGGUCUAUCGCAAUAUCAAUGGCUACAAUCAUGGAAUCAUACGACAUGCAACUCAUUAAUUCUUUCUAUGCGUUCCCCCAAUUCAACAAGAAAUAUGGCGAGAGGUUGCCAAACGGCACUUAUCAAGUUGAUCCAAACUGGCAGUUAGGGUUGAGCUUCUCUACUCUCGCUGGCCUCAUUUUCGGAGUGUUUGCAAGUGGAUAUCUUGGAGAUCGCUUUGGACCACGUUAUGUGAUGAUCGCUGCACAUGUGUUCCUUGCCGGAUUUGUUACAAUUACGUUCACUGCCAACAGCAUCGCAAUGCUGUUCGCCGGUGAGCUCUUAUGUGCAAUGACAUGGGGAAUAUUCGCGGCUGCGACACCUACGUACGCCAGUGAAAUUGUUCCUAUGGCCUUGCGUGGAUAUCUGACAACCUAUGUCAAUCUCUGCUGGGUUAUCGGCCGCAUACUUGCUACAGGAGUGCUUCGAGGCCUUUUGUCUGUCCACAGUGAGUGGUCGUAUCGAAUCCCGUUUGCCUUACAAUGGAUGUGGCCGCCAGUAAUGAUUGUUGCGACAUGGUUCGCCCCCGAGAGCCCUUGGUGGCUAGUUCGCAAUGGAAGAGUCGAAGAAGCACGAAAGACCUUGGACCGGCUCUUGACCGCUCCACCAAACGCCGUCAACAAUGACCAUAGAUUGGCAAUGAUGCAACAUACGAUCGAACUUGAACGAAAAAUGAAAGUCGGGGGCUCAUUCAUCGAUUGCUUCAGGGGCACAAAUCUCCGCCGAACCGAGAUAGCAAUGAUUUCCUGGGGAGGUCAAAUCCUCCCGGGGUUUAUCAUUCAAGGAUAUACAACUUAUUUCUUCUCGUUAGCCGGUUUGCCACCUACAGACUCUUUCAGCCUUACCCUGGGUACUUACAGCAUGGCGUUUGUCGGCACUUGUCUAUCGUGGCUGCUCCAGGGUAGAAUGGGUCGUAGGACGAUUUAUAUCUCAGGAUUAGUGGUAAUGCUUCCUAUCAUGUGGAUUGUCGCGUUCCUCGAGUACGCACCGCAUGCAGGAAGCAAUCCCUCUAUUAAAUGGGCGCAAUCUGCUAUUCUGAUGAUAUGGUUCUUUACAUAUGGAAUUACUAUUGGGCCAAUUCCAUAUGCCAUUGCGGCCGAGGUCGGGGCAGCAGAGCUUCGUUACAAGACAAUUGCGCUAGGGCGCAAUACUUACUACUUUCUCUCGAUCAUACAAGUCGCGAUAUCACCUUACAUGCUCAACCCUAAGAGAUGGGAUUUGAAGGGCAAGGCUGCUUUCCCGGCGGCUGUUUUCACGGUCAUAUUGCUAGUCUGGUCUUAUUUCAGGCUCCCGGAGACCAAGGGGUUGACACUGGAAACUCUCGACCAUCUGUUCCAUGAGAAGGUUCCCGCAAGGAAAUUUAAACAAGAGGCGCGGCGGUUUCAAUGA